AUGAUGACGUCGCAAUUCCGUUGGUAUUUGAAAUUAGGUCUAUACAUUACAACCUACAUAUCUUCUUUUGGUUUUUGGCCUCAUCCCGAUGGUUUUCGCAUUAUAUAUAAUCAAUGGUCAGAUUUUGAUCCGAUAAAAGAAAAAUUAUUACCUAAAUUUAACGGUGGAAAUGCUAUCUGUGAACUUUCAAAAUCAUCAGCACAAUGCAAAAUUGUAACACGAAGAGAAUUUGACCCGUUUGCUCUUAAUCAUGCAAAUUCUUCAUUGCAGUUGGAAAGAAAUGUUCAAUGUUCUGUUCAAGCUUAUAUGAAUAGAACAGAAAAUAAAAUCGAUGUUGGAAAAGGGCAGAAUAAGUUGAUAACCAUUAAUGGCUGUGAAACUUAUUUAGAAUUUAUUAAAGAAUCUCAUCAAAAAGAUAUCUUAAAACUUAGAUCUUCAUGUGCUACUUAA